CCUAUGAUAGAUUUGGCUCUUCCUUUCUUGUGCAUGAAAGGGAGUCGGAGAGAAACUGCAGACGGGGGCAAACGCGUUUUGCACGGGCUUGAGGUAGCUUCUCCUGCCUGAGAGCUUUCUCUAAUCUAUAGCAUCGAUAAUUCAACGUAAAAUAAGUCCAGCUGGACGAACUCCGGCUACGCUCGGCCUGCGUCCUGACUUCGUCGGGUGCGCCCCAUGCAAGUGUUUUCGUAAUCGUGCUCGUCAGUGCGGAGGCAUGUCAUAUGGCCCGAUUCACACACGUUGCUGUAACAAAGUAAAGACACUGACAUACAUUUGCAGAGACAGUGCAGUUGUGACAAAGCUCAGUUGUUCGCCCGCUUAACGCAGGCUCCUAAGAGAACAUACUAGUACUGUGGCGAGCCCGUAAGCAUACCUUCACAAGCACUAAAUCAUCCUGCACGUGAAACUCGCAGCGUCGCCGAGUUUGCAUCAUUGGUGGUUGCUCGUCAUUUUGCGCCGGCAUUGAAUUGCCCAGCUCAACAAGUGGUCGCCAUAACAGAGCACCCAAAGGACGUAAUUCUGCAGACAGCGGCGUGCGGGGCCACUCCCGCGCAUCGCUCGACCUGACGGAGCACCCUCGCUGGCGCUGCUAGCGUCGGGCCGAACCUUACUCAACAUCCUCUCUCGCACAAUGUUGGGGGUUGCCAUGGGGAGGAGGUUGUUCUCACCAUGGCUCGGCCACAUGCUGGUUGUGGCGCUGGUUGCGUUCGCAUUCUCCGCGAACGCAGCGCGCGUGUCCAUGGAGAUGUCCACAAGUGACGCCACGGAGACAACGUUAUUCCGCCGCAGACUGAACCAGGCGUCGCCAAAGGCCAGCCCUCGGCCGCCCAGCCCCAAGCCGCCCAGCCCUUCGCCGCCGAGUCCCAAGCCGCCCAGCCCGCGGCCGCCGAGCCCGCCCAGCCCCCCAAGCCCGCCGCCGCCGAGCCCACCCCCGAACCCCCCGGUUCCGCCCGCCAGUUUCCGGAUGGACAAGGGCAAGGGAGGUUUCACCUUCUUCUCGUCUGACGACGCCGAUGACGCGGUUCAUUGUCAGGGCACUCGCUGCGGUGCUCUGUACAGCAAUGUCAUCAGUAUGGCUAUCUCGUUUGCACCGGCCGACGCCGAUGGCAUCCUGGCAGUGGGGACCUUCAAGGCCAACACCCAGGCUAGGAACUCCAUCGAGGGAUGGGUGGCAAGUGCCAACUACCCGGUGUCUAAGAUCACCUACGCCACCACUGCGGCCGCCGUGACCAACGCCAACCUCAGCUCCUACAAGAUGCUCUACAUCCCCUCUAACGACCUGAACACGCCCGGCGGCAUCUCCUCGACGCUUAACAAGGCGCUGAUUAGCAUCAAGGCCGACAUCAUCAACUAUGUCAACAAGCGCGGUGGAUCCAUGGUGGUUCUCACGCAGGCGGGCUUUGGCAAGGAUAGCUACGGCUUCCUGCCUGUGCCGCUCAACUUCACGGCUCUGGAUUUCCAGGACGCGGACGUGACGGAGGACAUGAUGCAGAUCAGCCCCGUCACCAACAGCGACAACGUGGACCACGUGUACUGGCACGGCUACUGGACCGGGCCCAUCGACUGGAACGGCCUGCGCGUGCUUGCCACCCAGGCGCGCCUGUGCCCGGAGCCGUACGGCCCCAACCAGAACUGCCGUGCCACAGUGCUGUGCAACCAGAACACCAUUCUCACCGCCGAGAACUGCUACGAUGGCAUUGACAACGACGGCGACGGCUUAAUUGACAAGCUUGAUGAGGACUGCUGGCGUUGCGGCGACGGCAUCCUGGACCCUGACGAGCAGUGCGAUGACGGCAACGUGUUGGACGGCGACGGCUGCUCCUCCACCUGCCAGCUGCAGGACAUGCCGCCGCCCUCGAUUUCACCCUCGCCGCCUCCGCCGCCGCCCACCAACGGGCGCGAGGUGGACUACUGCUACGCCGGCGGCCUCGCGUCCUGCCCGCCCUGCCUGGGCAAGUGCAGCACCGUUGACAACUUCGGCACUGACGGCAUCAUCUGCAAGGUGCCGCAGUACCUCAAGGGCUCCUACCCCGACAGCGACGUGUGCAAGAACAACCGGGGCGUGCUGGCGCUGCAGACGAUUGCCGUGACCAACCAGGACACCAGCGGCAACACAGUGACCGUGGGCAAGGCCACCGUGUUCCGCACUUCCUCCGGCAUGCUAUACGCGACGGUCCAGAUGACCUGCCCCUACCUGCUGUGGUCGCCCAAGACCGACUCUAGCGGCGUGGACACCAACAGCUUCCUGCUGCUGAGCUACGUGCUCAACGGCCAGGCCGGCACCGCCGUCUCGAGCCUGACGCGCUCGCCCAGCUCCAGCUGGGCCACCUUCGCCUGCUACACCUUCCAGUUCAACGUGGACGCCCUGCAGCCCGGCGGCCUGGGCUGCACGCCCUUCGACAUCGACGCCCGACUCACCGUGCGCUCCGUGUUUGCCCGCGACUCGUCGUCUUCCAGCACCUGCAACAUGGACACUGAGAAGGUCAGCACCACCCCCACCGUGUCAACCAAGGAGUCGUUCGUCGCGGUGGACCCCGCGCCCCCCAGCCCGCCGCCCAGCCCGCCGCCGCCCAGCCCGCCGCCCCCGCGGCCCCCGCGGCCGCCGAGCCCGCUGCCGCCCAGCCCCUCGCCUCCUGACGCUCCCCCUCCGUCACCGGAGCCGCCGAGCCCGGAGCCGCCCUCGCCGCCGAGCCCGCAGCCGCCCUCGCCUCCUCCUCCCUCGCCGCCGCCGCCGAGCCCCCCGCCGCCCAGCCCGCCUCCUCCGAACCCUCCUCCGCCUAGCCCGCCGCCGCCCUCCCCGCCUCCACCUUCCCCUCCUCCUCCCAGCCCUCGUCCUCCCAGCCCGCCGCCGCCCUCCCCGCCUCCACCUUCUCCUCCCCCACCUUCCCCUCCCCCUCCCAGCCCUCCGCCCCCCAGCCCCCCGCCGCCGUCGCCGCCUCCGCCUUCCCCUCCCCCUCCCAGCCCUCCUCCUCCGAGCCCCCUGCCGCCGUCGCCGCUGCCUCCCAGCCCUUCUCCUCCCUUGCCUCCGCCUCCCUCGCCCUCGCCUCCUCCCCCGUCGCCUCGUCCUCCCUCUCCACCUCCUCCCCCGAACCCGCCCGUACCGCCCUCACCGCCCCCGGAGCCGAUUCCUCCCUCUCCUCCCAUUCCUCCUUCGCCUCCGCCCUCCCCCACCCCCCCGUCGCCGCUGCCACCUUCACCCGAGCCUCCGUCACCUGAGCCCCCGAGCCCGCCUCCGCCCAGCCCUCCGCCUCCGUCGCCGCCUCCCCCUUCGCCUCCCCCUCCAUCGCCUCCGCCGCCGUCUCCCCCGCCGCCCAGCCCGCCUCCGCCCAGCCCAUCGCCGCCGUCACCUCCCCCUCCUUCGCCGCCUCCCCCGUCGCCUCCACCUCCCAGCCCGCCGCCUCCUCCCCCUCCCUCUCCCGAUCCUCCGUCUCCGCCUCCCCCGUCGCCUCCUCCUCCGUCCCCGCCGCCCCCGUCGCCUCCUCCUCCCUCUCCGCCCCCUCCCUCGCCUCCUCCCCCCUCUCCACCUCCUCCGUCGCCCGAGCCCCCCUCUCCACCUCCUCCGUCUCCGCCUCCCCCACCUCCUCCUCCCCCUCCGCCUUCCCCUCCUCCUCCCGACCCGCCCCCGCCGUCGCCCGACCCGCCCCCGCCUUCUCCUCCCCCGCCCUCUCCCCCGCCGUCCCCUCCUCCGCCCUCGCCCCGCCCGCCUGCACCGCCGCCGACGCCCAACUGCGACUGCUCCAAGCUCGUCCGGGCGCCGGCCGGCGGCUGCGGCUCCGCCCAGGCCAUGGUCAGCUUCAAAGCCGGAGACCGCUACGACACCACCAUUCCUUCCGUGGACAUCUGCGUGCCCACGUUUGGAUUUGAUCCGGUGACCGGCAUCUACAAGAUUGCUUUCUGCUGGAACACGGACUGCGAAUCUCUGAGGGAUCUGCAGGGCAAGCCCAUCCGCGCCUACAUUAACAACCUGGACACGACGCCCGGCACCGGCCCCGACGGCCUGGCCGGCACCAACGUGGUGCUCACGGCGUUGGCGCCCGAGUGCGCUCGCAGCACCAACAUCAUCACGAUCAAGGACACGGGCGCCACCUACCGCUUCGGCGCCACCGAGCUGCUGGUCACGGUGCCCGCGCCCAUCGCGACGCUGGACGUGGACGUUGCCAUCAACAACACGGCGCAGUGCAACGACCACUGGGUGGUGACCGCGCUGGUGUCGGUGUCUGCGCCUCUGGGCACCACGCCGCCCAUCCCGCCCGCCUCCUGCCCCUGCUGGAUGCGGACCACCAACGGCACCUGCCCCGGCAUCAAGGUGCCCAUCCUGCUGGAGACCAUCGACGACCUCGGCAACAACCGCGGCCAGUCCGUCAUGCAGUGCAUCGACCCCGCCAACUUCGACAUCUACACCGGCCGCAUGGCCUACAGCUACUGCUGGCGCUACGACUGCCUGCCGCCCGUGUUCGCCACCUCGCGCUUCAAGGCCACCUGCAGCAACCUGGAGCGCUGGAACAUUGCCAAGAUGACCGGCAAGUUCCUUCUCAACAUGCAGCACUCGGAGGGCAUCUACAUGAGCGUCACCGGCCACCCCAAGGACCCCACCCAGCAGCCCGUGAUGUGGACCAUCGCCGACGACCAGCAGUGGAUCGACCUGCCCGAGGGCGGUGUCGGCAACUUCACUUUCGAAUACAUCAUUCCACCUGGCCAGGACGAUCUCUCGGCCGCUGUGGUUAUGGACACCUCCCCGCGCCCGCCGCCGCCGCCCGUGCCGCCUGGCCCGCCCGGCAGCAGUUGCUCCUGCCCGCUGACCCCGGAGGAGACCGUGGGCGGCGAGCCCGGCGUGUGCAACGGCACCUACGCCACCAUGACAGUACGCCUGGAGAGCGACCCCACCGUCACCUACAAGCAGUGCGUGUCAUGGCCCAACUACGAUCUGAUCAUGCAGGAGAUGGCGUGGAGCCACUGCUGGCGUUACGACCCCUGCCUGCCCAAGGCCUUCUACGGCCAGGCCUACCGCGUGUCCAUCAACGAGGUCAGCAAGCACAACAUCCCGCUCAUCCCGCCCGCCGGCUACGAGCUGCUGCACUUCGUGGCGCCGUUUGGCAUGAGUAUUGAGACGACCUUCAAGUACGUCAACGGCGACGUGGUGGUUUACAACAGCACGCAGGGCUCACUGGUGAUCCAGGGCCGCAAGAACGUCAUCACCGUGCCAACCCAGAUCUCCAACAUUACGAUCGAGUUCAAGAUCCCCGCCGUGUGGGGCAUUGACGGCAUGGCUGCGGCCGUGGUGCUGCGCCACAUUGACGGCACCGACUUCCCCUUCCCGCCCUCGCCGCCCUCGCCGCCGCCGUCGCCGCCCGCGCCGCCGCCGCUGCCCGCCAGCGCGGCGCGUGUGCUCAUCACCACCGACUUCCUGGUCAUGGCCAACGUGCCCAUCACGGCGCUGCUCAAGAGCGACAACGUCGCGCUCACCGGGUACUACGUGACCAUUCCCUUCAAGUUCUACGACUACCUGGACAUGCCCGACUGCUCCGACUCCAACCGCGACGCAUUCAAGGCCAAGGUCGCGGCCGCCUUCAACGUCUCCGACCCCUCCACCAUCACCGUCUCCUGCCGCUUCAACGUGCCCACCAGCGACCAGCCAAUCCUGCGCCGCAUGAUGCGCGCCGUGUCGCGCCUGGUGCAGACCGUCACCACCGGCACCACGCCCGCCGACGUGGCUGUGGAGACCUCGGUCACCGUCAAGCUGCCCGUGGACUUUCCCGCCGCUGUGGCCAGCGGCUGCGCCAAGACCGAAGGCCUGCUGGCGUCCGACGUGAGCUGCGACACCGGCUCCGUCACCACCAAGCCCAGCGUGACCGUGUCCAUGUCAAAGAGCGAGAGCGUGAUCGCCGGCGGCGCAGACCCCUGCACCGGGGCCGUGAGCGAGAGCGCCAACCUGCUGAGCGCCCUGGCGCGCGACGCCGGCUCCUCCGUCAACUCCAACACACUGCGCAGUACCGGCUGCAAGAGCCAGCGCGUGGCGGGCACCACCUCCGACCCCAACGCGCCCGGCGCCACGCCAGUCCCCGGUGGCGCCCCCGGCACCGCGCCCACGCCCGGACCCAGCGACUCUCCCAGCAGCGCCAGCCUGUCCAGCGGUGCCAUCGCCGGCAUUGUCAUCGGCGCCGUCGCGGGCGCCGUGCUCAUCGGCUUCGUGGGCAUUGCCGUGCGCAACAAGAUGAGCCAGCGCAGUCCGGUGACCAUGGUCGGCCGCGACGGCACCACGCGCACCACCACGCCACGUGGCUGGGCCCGCGGGCGCUGGAUGACCUACUCUAUGCAGGAGAAGGCCGAGCAGGCGCGCUCGGGCAGCGCGCCGGUCGCAGGCGUGUCGACAUAUUAAUGAUAUUACCGUAUCCAGCAUUGAAGCUGGUGGGUGCACUACAGCCUGCUAGACGCAGCAGGCUUGCGCCCUCAAAGAGUCGUGCCGUGUCGUGUGGUGUGGUGUUUCAAGAACCGGGAAGCCGUCGGGUCCGCGCGCUUGUGUCGAGGCGUGCUUUACGGGUCGGCAGAGUCGUCGCCGAUUUCAUGGGAGGAUUUAUUCCGGGAUUCUCUACUAGCCGAUCACCCGCACCCCACCGCCUUCCCUCUCCAUGCAUCACACUCUGUGAUGCGAGUAAGUGGCAGCGCUGGCCACACUGCACGCCAUGGGGGCAUGCUUAUUGAAUGUUCAAGCUUAUCAAAAUGUAGCGGGUCAUACAGAUACUGCCCGCAACUGCUAGCUGUGUCUGACGCACUGCUGGCAUUGAUGGUGGUUAUAGAGCUGGAAAUGGAUUGCAUAUGCGUGCACUGUCCUUGAUGCCUGUCUUCAGAGGUGUGCGUGUGCCGCCUUGAAGCCCCUGACUCAGACAGAGCUGUGGCAAUGAGUAAUUGCCCAGCUAUAACGGCGUGUGAGUCCCAGGGCCCAUGCGACAGAGAGAAGCGGCAGGCGCAUAUAUAUCCGGGCCACGAAGUUUGGUUUAGAGCCAGCGUAUUUGCGUUAGUGCGCAGGCUGGUUGGAGGCGGGGGACGGUGGCUGGACCGAAAUGGUCCAUGCGUGGCUUGGAUAUUCUUCUGUGUGCCUUUUUAACAGACCGCGGCCUGGGUUUGAUUUACGUGGUACAUAAAUGCACAGAUACAUCAGAUACAACAGGUGUCCCUGGCGCGUGCAUCGUCGUACGAGUUGCAUGCUGGCAUGUAGAUGGCAGUCACCUUAUUGUUCGGGUACCGCAUGCCUGACGCUGUCUUCUAAAGAGAAUAAUUUCAAGUGUGUGAACCGUGUGUCUGGCGUCUUGUGUUACUGGCGAUGCCCAUCUAUCCUCGAGCGUUGCGUGGUCUACACGUGGCUCAAACUUCAUUGAUACCCGUGCGAUGUCUUGUCACGCGCACCGUGUAUUGCACGCAUCCCCUUGCACACGUCUUCCGUCGGUCGGUCAGCGCAAAGCUGUUCAAAGUGACUCUGGUGUAGUAAUCGUCGGUGUUCCGGUCACCGCUGUAAAUGCGGUUGACUGAGUAUGCUGCAAGAGGCUGAAAAGCCGAAGGCCUGUUUACUGAAAAUUGUAACCCCCGGCCUCA